UCAAUUCCAUCUUUUUCAACAUAAACUAUCACCUGGCCUAUCAAUCUCGGUCCUGCUCCGAUCCUUAAUACUCCAUCCACCACUCCAAACACAACUCCAAGAUCGACUCCCAAGAAGUCGAAAAAGUCCACCACGGCUUCCCUAGCUACUCCACCCAGAAGAGUCACCUCCAGACCAACACCAGCCACUCCUUCCACCCCAGCCAUGUCUUCCACCGCAGUCUUCAACCAAACCGGCAACGCCGCUUACUCACCCAGCGAGGAUAGCAGCACCCGAAAUAAGUCCCUCGCCACCAACUUCCAGAACGCCGGUCUCCCAUCUUCAGAUAGCCUUCGUGCUCCUGCUGGCGGACUCCUCAAAGGCGCAACCGACGAGCACGGCAACCUAAAGCCCGCUGCCCUAAUGGUCGGUAUCAAGCUCGACCUCGAAGCAGAAGUCCACCUCACAGCUCGAGUACGAGGUGACAUCACAGUCGGGUUAUACUAGUCUUUUUUUUCUUAAUCUCAUCAUCUCAUCACACCAAGAUACCCAUUUGUGAUGCGAGAUGAGCCAUAGAAAGAGAACAGUGCAUGUGAAUAUCCAUCCUGGCUACUACCAAUGUAGCAAGAAACGAAAGAGGAAGACUUGUUUCUGGAUCGUGGUUUGGUGGCGCUCUGGACUUGAGAUGGAGGAAGGAUGGAUUUUCUUUUUGU